AUGAUUUUCUGGAACUGGAAACCAGAUAUUCUGGUACUGUUUAUGUUGCUGAUUAUCAGGUAUUCUGAAGAACGGGAUCGCACUCGCCUCCCUCUUCUUGGGCUUUCACCUGCCAGCUGCCUAAUUGAUCAGAGAAACCUAACAGCAGGCGUAUUGCCUGCUAUUCACUUAGCCUUACAACAUUUAUACAGGCAUUCAUGGAUUUUGAAGAACUAUGAACUGCAGAUAUCAUUCCACGAUACUCAGUGUGACAAUGCAAAAGGACUCAAAGCCUUCUAUGAUGCAAUAAAAUAUGGACCUAAUCACCUGAUGGUUUUUGGUGGUGUAUGUGCAACAGUUACUUCUAUCAUUGCUGAAUCUCUAAAAGGAUGGAAUUUGGUUCAGCUUUCAUUUGCAGCAACAACCCCAGAGUUGGCAGAUAAGAAAAAAUAUCCUUAUUUCUUCCGGACAGUGCCAUCUGAUAAUGCAGUGAAUCCAGCAAUUUUGAAGUUACUCAAAUAUUAUCAGUGGAAGAGAGUUGGAACUUUAACCCAGGAUGUACAAAGGUUCUCUGAGGUAAGAGUUGAAUAA